AUGCUACCUCGGCCCAGCACGUCAUACCUUCCCUCGUCGGCCGACAUCUCGGGACUACUUGACGGCCUCGGCGCCGACGACUUUACCGACGACUUGGAUGACCCUCAGUCCUCGCAACGUUCGCAAUGUAAUUCUUCAUCCCCAGAACACUUGAAUCUGUCUCCACAACAUGAUGAAUUCUACCAACCACCCGCGCCUGCCCCCGAGACAAUCCCCUCAACCGUCGGCUUCGCUACGGCAGCAGGACGACGACUCGCACCCCCAUCGGAGGCAGCGAUGAGUCGCGCGCUCAAGCUCGUGCGCGCGGCGGAACGCGACGCCGAACUCGAGGAUGCCCCGAGUAAGCGGCAGCGCACCGAGUCGCCAAAGGCGCAACCUUCUUCGGGGCAGGUGCCAGAGAGCCCGUUAGUUGGGCGCGGGUUCGGGAUGGCGAGCGGACGUCCCGCACCGGACCAUAGUGAGGCUGCGCGCGCGCGUGCACUCGCUCUCUUUGGCGAGGACACGCCAGUCAAGCCACCCGCGAGGACGUUGGGGUUUCAGUUCGGUUCGGGGUCAGCAGUGCCACCAACACCCGCGAGCGCGCGAGCGCGCGCAUUGGCGAUGUUUGGUGAAGGAACGCCCACUAAGCCGGCUUCGGGGUUCCAGAUGGGUACUGGAUCCAGUGCGCCGCCUCAACCCCCUGACGCGCGGGCACGCGCUCUAGCAAUGUUUGGCGAACAGACGCCGGUAAAGCCAUCGCCUGGCUUCCAGCUCGGCAACGGGUCGAAUGGCCCCCCACUCCCCCCAGACGCACGAGCGCGCGCUCCCGCUCUGUUCGGAGGCGAUGUCGGACCCUCAACAAGCGCCGUUAGCGGGUUCCAGACUGGAUCUGGCAAGCCGACUCAGGCGCCCAAGGCCGAGAGCUUGGCCUUCGCCAUGGCCUUGUUGGCCGAUGAAGCGCCAAUUCCCGCGAAUCCUCUCCAGAGAGCCGCGUCGCCCGCGUUCGCAGCUCCACGAAGCACCACCAGUUUCGGCACGCCCACGCCCACACCAUCAAGGGCGCCGCUCGCCACGAUGACUAACACGUUUUCGAACCCUAUGUCCACGCCCAAGCUCCCCAGGCGCAUCGAAAUCCAGACGCCGGGGACAACGCCGAGACGUAUCGGCCUAGGCGCGACAUUCGGUUCAGCAAGAGGCAAGCCGAAGAAGGGGUUCGUCACGCCUUUCAAACGAGGAGCUGCUCAGUCAGCUCCGGCGCCGUCGACGCUGCGGAAUCCGCUCUCGCUGCACACCCCGGCCAAGCCCCCGCCAGAACCGGCCAAGAUCUACAAAUCUGUAUUUGAUCUCAGUCCACCGCCGGAUCGCAAGGGAAUGCGCGAGGCGUACCUCUACCCAGGGUUUUACACGCCUACCGAGCUCGCCGAGUCUGGACUUCCUGACGAGAUCUGGACUCUGAACCUUACUAACGCCGUGUAUUACCAGUUCAUCGCCGAGGACGCCCGCGUACUCGGUACGUCGCAGGCUCUCGAGCAGUUGAAAGUUGUCGGCUGCGAGCUCGCCACGCAGAAGUGGGUCGACAAUCAUUGGCGCCUCAUCCUCUGGAAGGUCUCGGGGCAGGUGAUGGCCCAGCCAAAGCUCUUCGACGAGAAAUGGAACUGGUACGAGGUGCUCUGCCAGCUGAGGUAUCGGUAUGAGCGCGAGUACGGCGCGGCCCAGCGGCCCAUCAUUCGUCGCAUUCAGGAGCACGACUCGUCGCCGAGUCUGCCGAUGGUCCUCUGCGUCGCGGCUAUCCACCGACCUGAACCGGUCGUAAACGAGCGCGACGAGCCUGUCCCACAGAGGCCAUACCUCGACGUCACGGACGGGUGGUACAUCAUGCGCGCGCUGUUAGAUGACUGCCUAACUCGUGCCCUCAGCAAAGGCAAGAUUCGCGUGGGCCGCAAGCUCGGCCUCUCGGGAGCCAAGCUCGAGUCGGGGGCAGACGGCGCCGACGUGCUUGAGGCCUACGACAAGUCGCAUCUUGUGCUCUCAGGCAAUUCGACGCACUUGGCGAAGUGGGACGCACGGUUGGGCAUACAGCGUCUUCCCUUCAUUGCUGGCCUGUCAAGUUUGUCCGUCGACGGCGGGCCCAUCGUCCUGGUGGACAUCGUUCUCGAGAGGGUGUACCCGCUUGCAUACGUGAACGCCGAUCGAGGGUCACGCGAGUCGCCAUGGGGCGAAGAGGAGGAGAAUCAGCGAUCAGAUGCUUGGAGGGAUAUGUACGAGGCUGAGAGCACGCGGCUGCGUGAGGAGAUGCAGAAGAGCCUGGAGAAGAUCCAGGAGCUCGCGUCCAUUCUCGCUUCGCACGCUGAGGAUGUUGGCGCGAUCCCUCCCGGCUCUCCACCAGACGUCGAGGCCGAAUUCGAUGCGCUGAUGGAGGCCCGAGACAUCAUGGGUCGCCUGCGUGGGUUGUCGCCCACCAAGAUAGUCCAUCUUGCAACGUACGCGCGUCAACGUGCUAUGGCCGAAGCGGAGGCUGGGCGAGCUGAAGUCGAGGCGCAAUUGUCCGCCACCUGUCCGACGCGGUCGAUCCGUGACUUCCGGAUGGUGCGGGUGCGCGACGGCCGCGAAGGUGACAAGCAACAGGCCCGUGUAGCGAUGUUGAAUGUGUGGGAUGCCAAGGUGCUCGGCAACGAACUGAAGGAGGGCCGGCGGUUUCUCGUAUCGAGUCUCGUCCCGGGCCGAUCAGGCGACUGGUCACCACCGAAACCUGGCAAGAUCCGCGAAGUGUAUCUCCACACUCGGCGGGAUACUCGCUGGCAACCAGCUGAGGACACCUUUCCAUCCGACCGCGACGCGAACCCAACCUACAAUCUACUCAACAUGGCCGACUUUGUCAAGCUCUCAAUCUUCGGUACCGUGUUCGAGGUCACGACGCGCUAUGUCGACCUCCAGCCCGUCGGCAUGGGCGCUUUCGGCCUCGUGUGCUCGGCCAAGGACCAGCUUUCCGGCACGUCGGUGGCGAUCAAGAAGAUCAUGAAGCCUUUCUCUACCCCCGUCCUCUCCAAGCGGACGUACCGUGAGCUCAAGCUUCUCAAGCACCUGCGCCACGAGAACAUCAUCUCCCUCUCCGACAUCUUCAUCUCGCCCCUCGAGGACAUAUACUUUGUUACUGAGCUCCUCGGCACUGAUCUCCAUCGCCUCCUCACGUCGCGGCCAUUGGAGAAGCAGUUUAUCCAGUACUUCCUGUACCAGAUUCUCCGCGGUCUCAAGUACGUCCACUCGGCUGGUGUCGUCCACCGUGACCUCAAACCCUCCAACAUUCUUGUCAACGAGAACUGUGACCUCAAGAUCUGUGACUUUGGCCUUGCCCGUAUCCAGGACCCCCAGAUGACCGGAUAUGUUUCGACGCGCUACUAUCGCGCGCCUGAAAUCAUGUUGACCUGGCAGAAGUAUGACGUUGCGGUCGACAUCUGGUCCACCGGCUGCAUCUUUGCCGAGAUGCUCGAGGGCAAGCCGCUCUUCCCUGGAAAGGACCACGUCAACCAGUUCAAGAUCAUCACUGAGCUCUUGGGCACGCCUCCCGACGAUGUCAUUCAGACCAUUGCCAGCGAGAACACCCUCCGCUUUGUGGAGAGCCUGCCAAAGUGCGAGAAGGUGCCGUUCACGACCAAGUUCCCGAACGCCGACCCCGUCUCGCUCGACCUGUUAGAGAAGAUGCUCGUCUUUGACCCACGUACCCGUAUCUCUGCCACUGAGGGCCUGGCACACGAGUACCUUGCGCCGUACCACGACCCAACCGACGAGCCGGUUGCGGCCGAGGUGUUUGACUGGUCGUUCAACGACGCCGACCUCCCAGUGGACACGUGGAAGGUCAUGAUGUACUCUGACAUUCUUGACUUCCACAACUUAGGUGACAUGUCGCAGAACGAGGCCGAGGGCCCCAUUACAGGCGACCUUGCCACGUCGACCGUAGCCUCCGACUUUGCCAUCCGCACUUCAAUCACCUCCACCGCCGCCACCAUCACCAUGUUCUCGUUCGCGCGCCUCCUCGCCGGUCCUUCCCGACAGUGCUCGACGCACGCCAUGGUGCGCCCUAUGCUGGCGGCUCCUUCUCUCGCCGGUCGGCUGGGCGCGCUCGCCCGCCAGCCCGCUGCGCCGCAGACGCUGCGCGUCCUGGGCCAGGUCCGCGGCAUGAAGGUCCGUUCGAGCAUCAAGAAGUUCUGCGACGGGUGCUCGAUUGUGCGCAGGAAAGGCCGCAUCUACGUCGUGUGCUCCAAGAACCCCAAGCACAAGCAGCGCCAGGGAUAG